GCAAGGUCCCCAAGGAUGUCAUUGUCAAAUUCCACUACUUUGCACAUAAGGAGCAGCAAGAAAAUCUCCCACGCUCCCUGACCCUCACCAACACCGUAUUUGCGGACUUACCAGCAGCCACAAUGGCAAGACGCAAAACAUUCAUCACUAUUACAAAGACACUAGGCAACAACAACGUGUCCUUCAAAUGGGGCUACCCAACCAAACUGCUAAUCUGGAGGCAGGGGAAAACCCACAUGGUAAAUGAUCCGGCUGAGGGUAUGAAAUCACUUAUUGAAUGGG